AUCGGAACAAUACGGCACUUUGUAACAUCCUCAACAAUGCGCCUUUGUACAUUACAGCAUAUGACUCAUCAUACAUGGCCUGUAUCAAGCAUCUUGCGAGUUUUGGAGCCCGUUCGUCCUUUUUCCUUGAACCUGGGGUUGGAAGGAGUUGCUGGACACCGGUACCGAUCUCGAUCAUCCCUUAUCUAUUAUUUGCUUCUUCUCUGCCACUUGUAA